CCCCACCCCCGCCCCCACCUGGCCACAGCUUCCAGCACAGCAAAAGGUUCGUUCGAGUUUGACACGCACCCCAAAAAGCUGGAAGUGGGUGCAGGUGUAGACAGGCGAAACAUAGCGAGAAGUGGGAUCAGUGCCGCCAGAGCCAGAGCCUAGAAUCCCUCUUCGCCCGCCCGCCGCCUGCCGCCUGCCGCCCGCCGCCCGCCACCCGCGCCGGCUUUCAACUGUCCCUAGACUGGGCAAAGUGAGGGGGACCACACCCACUGCACUGCCCAAGCACCCGAGCCCAUCCCACCUUCACCCAGAGCUUGGCUGCACUUGGUUUGGGGCCCAAAAAGAAGCACCCCGUUUGCUUCUUCCACUUCCACCUCGACCAAACCUUCGACCCUCUCAACCUCGCGAGAACGCCCCAUCCAUUACCCCAACUCGCUGCAGUCAAGAAAUACAACACCAGCAUUUUCUCGGUGCAGACCUACUACAAUUGGACUCGAACCACCCGCUGCCCGCUCCUCCAAAGCCCCCUCCCCCCGCCGCGCCACACACACCCCUCCUCUUCCGCCAUCUGCCCGCCAUGAAUCCCCUCCAGAAGAACAAGAUCGACGUGAGCUCCCUCACCCCCGAGGAGCAGCGCCUCUUCCGCCUGUACGGCAAGCUCCCUUCGCGCUCCGACCACUUCGCCAAGCACCUCAAGGAGCGCAAGUACUUUGACAGCGGCGACUACGCCAUGUCCAAGGCCGGCAAGGGCGACGGCGUCGACACGGGCACCGUCGGCAGCCAACACCCCGUGCCCGAGAACAUCCCCCACAACAGCGGCGGCAGCAGCAGCAACGGCGUCGGCGGAGCCACCGCCACCCCGCCCGGCCUCACCAAGAGCGGUAGCAUCUCGGGCGCCUCUGGCGCCGGGGGCAUCGGUGGCCUGGCCGGGAGUCCGGCCAAGGAGAGCUCCAGCGGGCUCGUCCGCGAGACGAGCGCCGAGGAGGACCCCGAUAAUAAGGAGAACGCCGGCGACGCGGCCCAGCAGGGAAUCCCUAUCAGGUCAUGAGCGCUGGGCAUUCGGGUGGUGAUGGAUGGGGUGGGUCGCCGUGGGCUGUGCCUCUUGACUCCUCACCGCGGGCCACUGCCGCGCGCAGGCCCGCCUCGGUUCACCACCUCGUCGGUUGAAUUGUUUUGAUUGGUCGCUCUGCAAACUCUCUUACUGUCUAGCCGAGGCUUGUUUGUUGCUUGCACGGAAACUCUUUCUCGAAUUCGGUUCCAUCAUUGCGCAGGGCAGACCUUCUCUGUGUUACUAUGCGCGUCGUGAUGGCAGAAUAGGGGUGUAAGGCGUUGAAAGGGAUACCGGUACCAGGGGAAAUUGUUGAGAAAUGGAUGACAAACAUAUCAAGUGUAUUGGCCCCGGCAGUUUCUACGUUUCUUUCGUUUUGCUGAUCCUUCUGAUGUGUGCACGCGCACACACUGCAUUCGCUACAGCAUCAUCUUCUUUUGUUUAGUCUGUCUAUCCCCAAUUUCACGAUGCGCGCGCUCGCAUGGCGUCCUGCUUAUUACAACUCAAACACACGCACCGUUUGCCCAGAAACCACCCUCCCAGAUUGACUGGCGGGAUCGUGGAGUCAUCGCGAGGUCGCUCGAGGCUGUGGAAAGCAGGCGCAAAAAGUGUCACUUGACAAGAGAGGGCUCAGCAUCUCGAACGGGUCUUGUGUGUACGAAACCAUGUACCUUCCACUUUGUCUAUUUAUUUGUAGCCGAACAUGUCCUCUUUUUGAAUGUUGCCUCCAAACGCCAGAUGAGCCAACCCACGCACGGCCUUGUGGGGUGAUCAGAAAACAGAUUUUAUAGCGCGACGACGCUGCCCUCCCUAGUCCAACGCCUUCUUAGCGAGCUCGAGCGCACCCUCGAAGGUCUUGUUCCCGCCAAUGAAACCAGCCGCGUGAACGAAGACACAACCCGGCACGCCAGACACCUUGUCCAGCUCCUCGUCCCUUACUCCGCGCCACUCCUUGGGGAGGGCCUUGCGGCUCUCAAACGAGUCCUUGGUCACGGGCACCGUCUGUACCCUCCAUUUGGCGUCUGGUGUGGGCUUCUCUGGGUACAGGACAUACAACACCUUGCCGGCCUCCUUGUUCUCGUCCUCCAAGGCGUACAGGUGGUCCUUCCACGGGCAGCUCUGGCCGCUCAGCACCAUUAUCCUGCCUUGCGCGUCGUACUGCGGCCUCUCGGCGAAGGCCUUUUCUACGAGGGCGCGUGCCGGCAGCCAGGCGCUGACGAAAUAGUCUAGUGCCCUGUCAAACUCCUCUCCAAUCCGCUGGCUCGCGGUGAUAAACUUGUCAUCCUCAGCCGCCUGCGCCUCGACAGGGUCGCUGGGCGUGGGGUCGUUCCAGUUUGCGUUCAGGCGGCCAACCAUGGCACCCAGCGUGAAGCCGCCGUCGCUGAACCUCUUCUCCAGACCGGCGGCGGCGAUACCCUCCGAGUCGUACACGCUCACACCGUUGUCGUUGGCAUCCACGGCCUCGACGAACGAUUCGUAGACCUUGUUGUAGAUCAGGUCGACCUCGCUGCUGCCCUCGGCGGCGGCGGCUGCGGCGCGCCUGUUGGCGAUGAUCUCCUUGCCAAAGUGCAUGUAGACCAGGCCGGCGGAGCUCAGCUUGGUGCUGCGGCCGGGGAAGACUGUGGUGAAGCCCCGCUGGUGGUGGUCGAAGCGGCGGCGGUCGGCGUCGUACUCGCCGCCGACGUCGACGACGGUAUCGCAGGUCUCGAGGACCUUGGGGUCGCGAGAGCGGAUCAGGCGGGCGCCAUGGUAGCGCGGGACAUGGGUGCGCAGCAUGUGGACGGCCAGGGCCUCGUCGGCGUGGAAGUGGCCAUUGUGGGUGCCGAUGGUGACGGCGGAGGACGAGUCGCUGGUCUUGAGGCGCUUUGAGGCAGAUUCGGCGGCCAUCUUGAGAAAAGGAAGACGCCGGAGCACGGUACGGGCAGCAAUGAUGGCGGGGGAGGUUGCGGGUUGUUUUGGUGGGGGUCUGCUGGCUGGGCUGGCUGGGUAUGGUGGGAAGACGCAGGAUGGGGAAAUUUCAAACAUUGACAUCAAGAUGCCACGAGCAAAAUUGAGCUGCUGCCCAUUCGCCCCCUGCGGGCAGGUGGGACGCGGGACGUGGAGCUGUUGAGCACUCACAGGGGAGGGAGCUUGGGCCAGAGGUCCCUCUGUGCCAGCCUGCCAGCCUGCCAGCCUGCCCAGGUGAGUCGAGG